AUGGCUUACAACAUCACACCUCUGCGUAGGGCCACUGUGAAGUGUGUGAAAGAUCAGUUUGGCUUCAUUAACUAUGAAGUAGGAGAUAGCAAGAAGCUCUUUUUCCAUGUGGAAGAAGUUCAGGAUGGUAUUGAGCUACAGGCUGGAGAUAAGGUGGAAUUCUCAGUGAUUCUUAAUCAGUGCACUGGCUGCAAGGGCCCCAAGGCUGUUGCAGCUCCACGACUUGAUAGGUUGGUCAAUCGCUUGAAGAACAUCACUCUGGUUGAUGCCAAUGUUCCUCGCCUAAUGGUUCUUUGUCAGCAAAGGGGACCAGAUAACUCAAUGGGAUUUGGUGUAGAAAGAAAGAUGUCAGGCUGGUGUCAUUGA